AUGGACAAACAGCAAAAGGAAGUGACACUGUGGAUUGAGGCAGUCCUUGGAGAGAAGUUUGGGCCUGGGACGUUCCAUGACUUAUUCAAGGAUGGAGUAAAACUCUGUAGAUUUCUCAAUAAGGUUUCACCUCUCAACGUCAAGUACAAGGAGUCGAGGCAGAUAUUCGUACAAAGAGAGAACAUCUGUUCAUUCAUAAACGGGCUCAAGAAGCUUAACAUGAAUGAAUACGAAUUGUUUCAGACCAACGAUUUGUUUGAAGCAAAAGACCUGAAGCAGGUGGUGAUCUGCUUGUAUGCAUUGAGCAGACAGCUGCAAAAAGAAAAGGUAUUUUCUGGGCCAUUUAUUGGGCCACAACUUUCAACUAAGUCUAAAAUCGAAUUCAGUAAAGAAGUCCUUGACAGAAGCAAAUAUGCUGUUCACCUCCAGAUGGGGUAUUCUGAUCCAGACUUGCUUGAGAGAACUGAAAGUAAAGCAGCCUCUAACACCGUGAAGGACCUGAAGACAAAUAUCAUUUAA